AUGUAUAAUAGCCAAAGUGCUUAUGAAUCGCUUGCUGAUGUCUGUGUUAAUUCGGCAAUGGCAAGCAUACGAAAUAUGACUGUGGAUCAGCUUAAUGACCUUCUUUACAAUGAAACACGUUUCGAUGCAUUGAUUGACAGUCUUCCUCAGAUUCGAUCACUUCCAACGGAACGAGAAGCAGGACUCGCACAGAAUAAAUCUCUAGCUGAAUGGAAUCUAGCACAGGAGCCGAAGCUGAACCAAUUACGAACACAGGUUAAAGCUCUCCACGAUCAAGCGGCUACACUGCGCUCGGAAGUUGAAUCCUUAAAAGCUAAAUUAGAUGAGGUUUCGUCUUCCAAAUCUCUUGAUACGACGAGCAACCUGUUGCAGGUCGCAGCCCAGGAAGCGGAUGAUGAGGCUGAAGUGAGAUAUUACACUUAG